AUGGUUCGCGAGCCGAGAAAAGAGAUCACGACCGACGCAGAUUUCUCGGAGCGUGAGAAGGAGUCCCUUUACGAUCUGCUAGAGUACUGGGUCACCAUGAGGCCCAGCGGCGGGCCAACGGCCAUCACCAACAAGAAGAAGGAACAGUUGUCUGUCCCGGCCGGAAAGCUCAACAGCCACCUCCCCAUUACCCCCAUGAAGCGAAAGAAGGGGCACGCCGAGCAGCUGAACCCAGCUCGUGCGCGGGGCGCCACGGCGUUCCUGAACGUUCACCUUGACGCCGGAACGUACGACGUUAGUUUCCUCUGGCGCGAUGGCAACUUUUCCACCAUCAACCAGCAGUACGUCGACCUGGACGAAGGCCUGACGAUGAAGAUGGCAAUCCGACGAGCCAUCCUGAACUACGACCAGUGCGAGACUGCACGGAUUGAGCAGUUCAACAAGGCCGUCGUCAUCUCCUUCUCCAAGACAGGGACGCAGGCAGUCCCUUCGGUGGACGAUGCCCACCGAGUCAACGGCCGGAUCAAGGUGGUCGAGCUGGCCUCGGACCACCUGUUGCAAAUCUCAGCCGACCUUGGGGAGAUUGGUAGAGACUGCGCGCGACUCCGGGUUGGCCAACUCCCAGUGGACUGUAAUGGGGAGAGCAACGGGAUACACACUCGCUUAGAGGAUAUUUACGUGUUUAUCUACCUGAAUGGUGUCUGA